UAAUUAAUCUCUACGCUUCUCUCUCUACAAUUACUCCUUGAGAGCCUCUCUCUCUAGAAUAUUGAGUAUUGCUGACUUGAGCGUCGGAAUGUCUUUCCCGAGGAAACAUCCUCGGGAUUUACAAGUGUAGAAGCAGCUGAGGAUUUCAACAGUGUUGGACUGUGAAGUUGCCCAAACAUUUGGCGCCGUUUGUGGGAAGUUCGAACAAGAAGUUGUGUGACUUAACCUGUUGAAAGGCAAAAUGGUCCGUACUUUUACGGGAGGUCGCCCUCCAAGAAAUGAAAUGGACGAACAAGAGGACACUCACGUGUCUGAGCUCGGCUUGAAUGACUUUAGGCCAAUGCCAAGAAAUCUUUUUGUUGGGGGAGCCGAACAGGAUCACCUAAGUGAAACAGAUGAUGAAAGAACACCAACUGGGUAUGCAACCCAGCCUGAACAGUUCCAAGUUCCAACAGGAACAAGAUCAAGACCUUCUAGACUAUACAAUUCACAGCGUGAACGACCUGAAAGGUUAACAGAACCUGCUCGGACAACAGAGCUCGAAGAGAGAACCAGAGUUCUCGAAAUAGCAAUGGGUAAAAUCCUUGCCCGUCUAAUUCCUGAUGACCCCUUGAUUCCUUUGCUGAACAGGGAUGCACAACCGGCUGCGGUUGUUGCAACUCGAAACUCCCCCGCUCUAAGCAACAUAGUAGUGCCGACCAGGCCAAGGGGAAGCGGGAAGCUAAACCUCAAGCCCAGCUCGUCCAAAUAUAGUGAAGAACUGAUGAGAAAGAACGCGGACCUUGAAAGACAGUUGCGAGAUAGACAUGAUGGCUCGGGUGACCCAGAUGAACAUCUGCACACCUAUCAAGCCAUCAUGAGAAUCCAAAAUGCCAAUGAUGCCAUGAUGUGCAAAGUGUUCCCAGCGACACUAAAAUCAACAGCCAGGAGAUGGUAUCACAAGUUCCCUAGACAUUCUAUAGACUCAUACUCCCAGCUCGCCAAGCUAUUCUCCAACAAAUUCGCGAGCCAGAGAGAGAUCAAACGCACAGCAACUGAGCUGAUGCAAGGUAAUCAAAAGGAAGGGGAAUCUCUAAAGGACUACAUGCAGCGAUUCAACAAAGCCACUCUGGACAUUGAUAACGUCCCAGACACCAUCUGCUUGUCCGCCUUGCUACAUGGUUUGAAGCGUGGCCGGUUCCUGGACAACCUCCUAGAAAACCCACCGAGGACUUGGAACGAAGUGAAUGACAGACCUCCACCCCCACUAUAUGAGUCCCCAAGGGCGGACAAGAGCAAGCAUUGUGACUAUCAUCGUACUUAUGGUCACAACACAAAAGACUGCCAACACUUGAAGGACGAGCUGGAGUUCCUAGCUCGCAAUGGGAAACUAGAAGGAUAUGGGCAGAGGUACCAGCUUGGUGGGGCACAGGAUGUAUAUCAGGACAAUCAAUAUCCUUCGGAGCAAGGCAGGGCGUACAGAGGGUGUUCGUUCAACAGGAGAGGACAGGGGCAGAGAGUUGCUGCCCAGAACCAAAAAGAUAAGAAAGGGGUAGGCUAUACUGGGAUACCCUCGCCCUCGGGUACAAUAAACAUGAUAUCAAGACCCUUCAAGCGGCCGUUUGAGGAGGCAGAAUGGGAGAAUACGCCUAUCACAUUCAGCCGGGCAGAUUACAAGCGAGCAGAAGGAAAGCCUGACAUUAUGAUGCCCCAUGCAGAUCCCUUUGUGGCAACGGUUCAUAUAGGCAAUCAUAAUGUCAAUAAGGUGUUUAUUGAUAUUGGCAGCUCGCUAGAUAUUUUAUAUUGGAGCUGUUUUCAAAAGAUGCAGCUGAAUCCGGGCUCGCUGCAGAAGUAUGAAAGGCCCAUAUACGGGUUUGAUAAUCAGCCCAUCCCAGUCGAGGGAGUUAUUACUCUUCCUAUAUAUGUAGGCUCAGAACCACGCUUCAGGAUGGCUUCCGUCACCUUCCUGGUCGUUAAGAUGGAAUCAGCUUUCAAUGCUAUAUUAGGAAGAGCCACCUUGUGCGAGCUGAAGGCUGUCGUUUCACAACCCCAUCUCUGCAUGAAAUUCCCAACUCCUCAAGGGGUAGGAGUGCUUAGAGGAAAUCAAAAGAUGGUCAGGGCCUGCUAUCAAGAUACUUUCAAGAAGGUUGAGCUCGCUGCUGCCCCUUCAGACUCCGAAAAUCGUAGACCAACCCAGCUCGGUCAGCAGACGAUGAGCAUAUCAGAUAUCGAGCACCGACUUGAUGGUGUCGAGCAGAAAGCAGAGCCAGUGCAGCCAGUAGAAACAGUUCCUCUAAACCCAGAUGUGCUAGAAAGGAUGGUUAAGGUCAGCACUAAGCUCACAGAAGAGGAGCAUGCAAAGCUUUUGGAGUUUUUGAGGAGUAAUCAGGAUGUGUUUGAGUGGACUACGGAUGAAAUGCCUGGCAUCCCAGCGGAGUUGACAGUCCACAAGCUCAGCACGGACGCCACCAGAAGGCCGGUGGUGCAAAAACGCCGCCUUUUUGGCCUCGAGAAGCAAGCUGUCAUAGACGAAGAGAUACAAAAGUUGCUACAGGCAGGCUUCAUCAGAAGAGUGGAGUACUCUGAGUGGGUGUCCAAUCUCGUGCUCGUGAAAAAACCAAAUGGCAAAUGGAGGAUGUGCAUUGACUUCACCAACUUAAAUGAGGCAUGUCCAAAAGACCCUCAUCCCUUGCCAAAUGUGGAAAAAUUAGUAGACCGGGCAGCUGGACACGAACGGAUGAGCUUUCUUGAUGCCAGCUCAGGUUAUCACCAGGUCCAACUGUUGUUAGAUGACCAGGAAAAAACAGCCUUUUACGCUGGUGAUGCAAUCUACUACUAUGUGAUGAUGCCAUUUGACCUGAAGAAUGCUGGUGCUACAUAUCAGAAACUGGUGCAAAUCAUCUUUAAGCUCCAGAUUGGCAGAAACAUAGAAGUAUAUGUGGAUGACAUGAUAGUCACCAGUGUACGAGCUGAAGAUCACAUAGGCGACCUGAGUGAGACUUUUCAAAACCUGCGCAGAGCUCAAAUGAAGUUAAAUCCCCUGAAAUGCACAUUUGCUAUAGAGUCAGGAAAAUUCCUAAAGUUCAUAGCCAGGUCAGCCGACAGAUGCCUCCCAUUCUUCAAAGCCCUUCGAGAACCUAAGAACUUUCAAUGGACCGAUGAGUGUCAAAGGGCGUUUGACGAGCUCAAACAAUAUCUGGCAUCAGCACCUCUACUGUCGAAGCCCAUGGAAAGGGAGAGUUUAUACAUGUACUUGGGGGUUACAAAAGAGGCAGUGAGCUCAGUUCUGCUCAGGGAGAAGAAUAAGAAUCAGAAGCCUAUCUGCUAUGUGAGCAAAGUUUUACAAGGUGCCGAGCAGAAAUACCCACUAGUAGAAAAGGCUGCUUUUGCUUUGGUCUGCAUAGCUCGUAAGCUGAGAGCUUACUUUCAGUCUCAUCAGAUUGUUGUCUAUACUGAUUUCCCGCUGAGGAAGAUAUUGCAGAAGCUAGAACUCUCAGGCUGGCUUAUCGGAUGGAGCGUCGAGCUGAGUGAGUACGACCUCAAAUUUCAGCCGCGCACGACUAUAAAAGGCCAGGCUGCGGCAGAUUUCUUGGUGGAAUGCGUCUCGACGACUGUGAAAGAAAAGACACCUAAACACCCAGUUUGGGUUUUGUAUGUAGACGGAGCUGCAAAUAUUGAAGGAUCGGGUGCUGGAGCUGUGUUGCUGGGUCUUGACGGUUUUAAAUCCGAGCAUGCGCUGAGGUUCAAGUUCCAGACAACUAACAAUGCUGCAGAAUAUGAAGCACUCAUUUAUGGUUUGAAACUGGCAUCCGAGCUGAAGGUACAGAGCAUUCAGAUUUUUAGUGAUUCUCAGCUCGUUGUAUGCCAGGUAAAUGGCAGCUGUGAAGUUAGGGAUCCCCAGCUUGGUCGUUAUACCUAUGUAGUCAACAGAUUGAAGUCAAGAUUUGCUUCCUUUCAGAUCGACAAGAUACCCAGAGCAGAUAACCAACGAGCUGACGAACUGUCAAAGUUAGCUUCCUCGCAAGAGACCAACCCUCAUAGGGUGGCACAUUUCACUUUGUUAGAUAACCAGCUCUACAAACGAGCAGCCUCAAUGCCCCUACUACGCUGCCUUACUCCUUACGAAGCUGAAUACGCUGUAAGGGAAGUUCACGAGGGAGUAUGUGGCAUGCACAUCGAUGGCAAAACUUUAGCUCAGAAACUCCUGAGGCAUGGUUAUUACUGGCCCACUAUGGUUGAGGACACGCAGAACUAUGUUAAAAAAUGUCCGACCUGCCAGUUCAAUGCUGAUGAUAUACACAUGCCAGGCAAAGGAGGCUGCACUUUCCUGGUCGUUGCAGUGGAUUACUUCACUAAGUGGAUAGAAGAUAAACCAUUGUCCACGACAACAGAAAGGAAAAUAGAAGAAUUCUUGUUCAAUUCAAUAUUGUGCAGGUUCGGCAUACCUAAGCAGAUUAUCGCCGACAAUGGGCCACAGUUCCGAGCAGCAACACUGAGAUCGUUUUGUAACGACUAUGGCAUUGAGCUCGCCUUGACAUCCGUGUAUACUCCACAGUCUAACGGACAAGCUGAGUCCGCCAAUAAAAUCGUCUUGCGAGGCCUCAAGACACGUGUUUUAGCUGCACAUUCUAAUUGGGUUGACGAGCUCAAUAAAGUGCUCUGGUCUUGUCGUACUACACCCAGCUCGGCCACGGGUGAAACCCCUUUCAGCCUGGCCUAUAAAGCUGAGGCCGUCAUCCCAAGAGAGGUUGGAUCGCCAUCUGAUCGAGCAGGCUAGCAUGACGAUCUCAACAAUGAGCAACUGUUGAGAGAAAACUUAGAUUUCGUGGAAGAGGUCAGGGAGAUGUCUAGAAUAAGAAACAUGGCGCAUCAAAGUCGUGUUGCAAAAUUUUACAAUAAAAGAGUUCGAGCUCG